AGAAACACACAGAGAGAGAGAGAUUGUCGACAGAAGCUGAAGUUUAGGUUUUAAUUCUGUAGUUAUUAUCUCUGAACACAUCAGUUGAUUCGAGUCUUCAGCCCUGGAGGUAAAAGCGGAUCUAAUCGCGGGUUUAUUCUAAGUGAAUUUCGGACAGCAGCAGGAUGAGUCAAUGGAAACAAAUCCAGCAGCUGGACAUGAAGUUCUUGGAGCAGGUGGAUUAUUUCUAUGAUGAUAAAUUCCCCAUGGAGCUGAGACAGGUGCUGGCGAGCUGGAUCGAAAGUCAGGACUGGGAAACAGCAAUGAAUCAUGAGGCCAUGGCCAUGGUGCUCUUCAACAAUUUCCUGAUCCAGCUGGAGAGUCACUGCCAACAGGAGCCGAACUUCCUGCACAGACACAACCUGAAGAGGAUAUUCCAGCAGAUACAGUUGAAAUACAAAGCCAACCCUCAGCACCUGUCGGCCGUGAUCUCCAACUGCCUGAGAGAGGAGAGACGCAUCAUAUCAGCCGCCAGCAUGCAGGAGCAGGGUCCGUUGGAGAAAUCAAUGCAAAAUUCAGCAGCUUUGGAGAAGCAGAAGAACCUGGACAACAAAGUGGCCGUGAUCCGCAGCAGUGUGCAGCUCCUGGAUCAGUCUGUAAAGUAUCUGGAGGACAUGCAGGAUGAUUUUGAUUUUCGGUACAAAACCCUGCAACUCCGAGACCCAGCAGAAAGAAACUCUCAGAACAUGAAGCAAGAAGUCAUGACCCUUCAAGAAAUACUCAACCGUUUGGACUUCAAAAGGAAGGAGAUUCUGUCCAAAAUGGGAGAUGUGUUGAAGGAGAUGGACAGUCUGAUUGUCUCUCAGCUGAUGCCUGAGCUACAGGCGUGGAAACGUCGACAGCAGAUCGCCUGCAUCGGUGGCCCGGUCCUUGCCGGACUCGACCAGCUCCAGAACUGGUUUACCAUGAUGGCCCAGAGUCUAUUUCAGAUCAAACGACAGCUGGACAAACUGGGAGAGCUGAUCGUAAAAGUGACGUACGAAAGUGACCCCAUCCCUCUGCAGAGACCUCAGAUGGAAGAACAAGUCAAAUAUCUAAUAUAUCACCUUAUCAAGAGCUCGUUUGUUGUGGAGAAGCAGCCGUGUAUGCCCACUCACCCUCAAAAACCUCUCAUCAUUAAAACCCAGGUGCAGUUCACCACUAAAGUCAGAUUGUUGGUUAAACUUCCCGAAGUGGAUUACCAGCUUAAAGUGAAGACAACUUUUGACAAGGACCUCCCGGCCGGCAAAGUUACCAGGCAAUUCUUCAUCCCCACCAACAACACGAAAGUGAUGGAUGUUGAAGAGUCGUCCAAUGGAUGCUUAUCAGUGGAGUUCAGACAUCUGCAGCUGAAAGAGAAGAAAUGUACAAAUGGAACCAAGGGAAAUGAGGGUCCGCUCACGGUGACCGAGGAGCUCCACUCGCUCAGCUUCGAGGCCAUGCUGUGUUUGCAGGGGCUGGAUAUUGAUCUGGAGACGUGCUCCUUGCCGUUGGUGGUGAUCUCGAACGUCAGCCAACUCCCCGCAGGCUGGGGCUCGGUCAUGUGGUACAACCUGCUGACAGAUGAUCCGAAGAACCUGGCGUUCUUCAGCAACCCACCCAGAGCCAGCUGGAGUCAACUCUCCGAGGUCAUCAGCUGGCAGUUCUCCAGCUUUGCAGGUCGAGGACUUAAUAAAGAGCAGUUGAGCAUGCUGGGAGAUAAACUUCUGGGUCAACAUGCUUCAUAUAAUGACUGUCAGGUGUCUUGGUCCAAAUUCUGCAAGGAAAACAUUCCAGGAAAGUCGUUCAGUUUCUGGCUGUGGCUCGACUCCAUUCUGGAGCUCAUUAAGAAACAUUUACUUCCUGUUUGGAUUGAUGGGUAUAUCAUGGGGUUUGUCAGUAAGGAGAUGGAGCGCGCUUUGCUGAAGGACCGAGAGUCAGGAACGUUCCUGCUGCGCUUCAGCGAGAGUCACCUUGGAGGAAUCACCUUCACCUGGGUGGAGCAGGAAAACGGUGAGGUCUCCCACUUCCACUACAGAUCUGGAACUAAAAGUAAAAAAGGUGAGGCGAAGUUCAUCUCAGUGGAACCGUACACCAAAAGCCGCCUCACCGCACUUCCUAUCGCCGAUAUCUUACGGGAUUAUAAGGUUAUCGCAGACGGGAUCGUCCCCGAGAACCCGCUGAAGUUCCUUUAUCCAGACAUUCCUAAAGACGAAGCUUUCGGGAAACAUUACAACAGUCAGCCGAACAGAGUUUGUCCGUACAUCCCGACCAUCUUGAUCCCCAUCUCUCUGAACACCACUCCUCCUCCCUGCUCGUCUCCGGAGCCGCCGUUAUCCCCCGGAAUGUCGCACAUGCUCAGCCAGCACAUCAGCCAGUUUGAGAUCGAAAGUGUCAUGAGUUCAUUAUAGACAUUCCUGCAUGCUUUCUGCUCUGAACCAAAGACAUGGAAUGUGUGUGUGUGUGUAUGUGUGUGUAUGUGUAAAAUCAAUAUAACAUCAAAUGAAUCUUUAUUCAGUCCUCCAGGACUCUUCUGUGCAUUUUAUACGAUAAACAUGUAAUGCUUCAACACACAGGAUUGAAUCGGAAAUCUAUAUAAUAUCUAAAAUGUGAUAGAUGAGCUAAUUUGGUUGUCAGUAAAGGCUCCUAGCGUUCGAAAGGUUUUCAGAUCAAUUAUGUAUAUUAAGAAUAAAAUUGUAACCUAUAAACUUGUUCGAACAAGCAUUCAGUUUUGCAUCGGUGAUAUCACAAUGACGUUCAUAUGCGUGUGUUUGUUUUUUUUCUUUUAUUUCUGUUUGUUUUAUUUGUCGGACCACUUCAUGAAUGUACACUUUGUUGAUUCAUUUGCAUUUUCAAGGUUUGUCGAGGUUCUGCUCUAAUUCAGUGUGGCUUAUUGAUGGACUUCUGCCAUAAGGAAGGGAAACUUCAUCCACCACGUAUCACCAUAAUGCCCCUCCUAUUGCUGAAGUCAUAUAGAACUGUAAAGUUAUUGCAGAUGGACGUGUUGCUAAAAAGCCCCUGAAGUUACUUCAUUCCAAAGUUUACCAAAGGAAACACUUUCAUAGGGGAAAAACGUCAUUUAAAUAAAGGCUAGUCAAAUAAAAGAAGAAUAAACCACACAGUAUAGGAAAAUAAUGAAGAAGGGAAUGGUGUGAUGAGUUGGAGUUAUUGUUACCACCUGGGUGUGGAUUAUUUUCCUAAAACAGCAUCUUUAUUCCUCUUGUUCCACAAAUUUUUAAAUUUGCAGAUGUUAACAAAAUUUUAUUUAUUAAAGAAUGCACUGUUAAAUGUUUAUGCAUUUAUAAUUUACAUACUUUAUAGUUAUGUCAUAAAACUUUAAAGUUUCUGCUUUUACCUCUGAUUGUUUCAAAGCGCUGACACUGGAGACUCCUUCCAUGAAAGUUAAAUAAAACUUUUCUUUACAUUCUG